AUGGACUCCUCCGCCCCCGCCGACGACGUCGCCGCCCCCGCCAACACCGCCAACACCGCCGCCGCUGACGCCGCCGCUGCUGCUGCUGCUGCCACUGCUGCUGCUGCCACUGCCGCCGCCGCCCUCGCUGCCGCCGCCGCCCACCGCCGCCGCCCUGCUCGCCAUGCCGCCCGCCUCGCGGGCCUGCACAAGGCUGGCUUCUCGGCCAGUCCAGCGCCAGCUGGAGUUCCGCGCGGGCUACAAGCCCAGCAAGUUCAACCUCGCUGCAGAACCUCGAAUCUGCGCUCGCGCAGGUUGUCGGCCGCGUCGCCCCCACCGAAUGCGACUCCUGCCAGCUGCUCGACUCGUGCGCCAACUGCCACUAUGGCAGUGAGGGCGCCCGCUGCUCCUUCCGCCGUAACCACGCCCGCCCCCGUCGUCCCCGUCCCCGCCAUCGCCACCCCCUCCAGGUCCCGCCGCCAGGUCGCUGCCGCUGCCGCUGCCGCUGCUGCUGCCCCUGCCCCUGCCGCUGCCCCUGCCACCCCCUCCAAGAAGCGCCGCCGCACCACCGCCACCCCUGCUGCCUCCCCCGCCGCCGCCGCCGCCGCCGCCACCACCGCCACCGCCUCCAAGAAGGAGAAGAAGAAGGAGAAGAGGAAGAGGAAGAAGAAGAAGGUCCGUAAGUGCGUACGGGACGUAAAGAAGUCCGUAGCGGCUCUAGAGCUUGCUAUGGAUUCCUCCUCCUCAGAGGACAGUGAUAAAGAUGAUGAGGAUUAA